AUGGCUGACUUGAUUUCUCUCAUCCAACAGCUGUCUCGGCGACACAAUGGUGGCGACCUCGAUAGCAGGAGAAGCCCUGGCCGAAUGUGCUGUGUCUGCGACUCUCAACCACGACAUUGGGCUGCUGACGGAGCGGAGCAGGUGCUGCACAAGAACAAUGCGGUGGUCAAGCAGCUCCCGCUCUGUCUUGAGUGCAAGGACUACCACCAGCUUCUCCGUCUCUACCUUCUACACGCCUUCCUGAGCUCCCUCAACUUCUCCACCUGGGUCCACCGCCAGCUUCUCAUCAGUAAACGCGCCGUCCGCAACCACUUCCUCUCUACCCACUCAUCUGCCGCCGCCUCCUGCCCCCCAUCGUUCUCUAACCCUCCAUGUCCUUCCUCCUCCUCCCAACAACACCAACAGCAUGAUAUCAACUUGCCAGCGGCGGCGACUGCUGGCCCCCUUUCCCAUACCUUUUUGCCCCACAACCCGCUUGACCAGCUCUUCAAGAACCCCUCCCCCUCUGCUGCAAUGUUUAUCAUGGGCGUCCCCAGCCUCCGGAGAAAGAACAAUAACUCAGAUGAGGGCAGUGGCGGUGGGCAAUGGCAGCGGCCGGGCCAAGCAGCCGGUCCCAAGCUCCCUCACCGCCAGCCAUGUCUCCUGCCCCAUUGGCGCUGUCUUUACCUCACCCUCAUAAACCACUUCUGCUGUUGA